AUGCCUGUGAACAACGGACUCCGUAAAUCUCCUAGUGGGAGCAAUAACUCACUUCGUUGUGCUGCUAAAGCCAACUCGAACAAUAACAAUAACAGUCCAAAAAUUAGCCCACGGUGUCAUCGGACGGGGAAAAUUAUCAAACCAUAUCACAUAGUGGUACUUGGUGCUCCAGGUGUUGGCAAAUCAGCGUUGACAGUCCGAUAUCUUGCGAGACGAUUUUUAACGGAGUACGCAUCAACAUUAGAAUCUUCAUUUGAACGCCAAGUCUGCCUUGAUGACUGCCUUGUCAACGUGCUGGUAACGGACACCGCGGGUCAGGAUGAUGACGUGAAUCAUUUCAAAAGGGCCGAUGGCGUCCUCGUCGUCUAUGACAUCACAAACCGCAGUUCAUUUCAAAAGGCCAAAGAAAUACUCCAAACCAUGAAACGUGAGUUGAAAAGUGGAAACCGCCCUUAUCCGAUAACUUUAGCAGGAAAUAAAUGCGACCUUGAACAUCUGCGAACAAUUUCUUGGGACGAGGGGCGCCAACUCUCGCGAGAGUUUGAAUGCAUCGGUUGCACUUUUAUAGAAGUGUCUGCAGCCAAUGGAACAACAACAGUUGAUGUAGCUUUCCAAGGAUUGUUGAGAUGGAUUGUGAAAUCUAAGGAGUCGCAUGGUAGUAGUCUUGGAAGAUUUGAGAAGAAAUCCUCGACGGCUUCCGGAAUGUCAAGCCCUAAACCAAUUCGUGCAUUAAUGAGAAAACUAGAGAGAACUGCCAGCGCUAUUUUUUAAACUAACGCUUGACGUCAGACUAAUUGGAGUAGUUUCUAAGAACCCAUUGACAUAAUAAUCACAUCAGUCACGUGGAUGUAUAAGAAGCGACAUCGACAUCAUUUGAGGGGC